CCAACCCUAUUCUUCUUCGAUACAAAAGAAGAGAAUCACCAAACACCUCGAACCCAUUGGGACAUCACAACCCACACUCACCCACUUCUACACACACCUACAAAUAUACACCAGACCACCAACAACCAACCAACCAUGGGCUUCUUCCGCAAAGCAGGCGAGAUGACCAAUCUCGUCACCAACCAACGAUACAAAGAGCAAUCUAUAACCACGCUCACCGACGCCGAGCUAGUCGCUGCCUGGCGCUCAACGCUCCGCAUGAAAUCCGCCUCCGCAACCGGAAUUACCCUCAACACAGGUGUCUCCAUCGCGAACCCUUUCUUCACAGGCGCCGCUGUUCUCAACACAUACCAAUUCACAAUCUGCCGCGUAAACCGCAAGCGCGUCAAGGAAGAAGUAGAGCGCCGCAAGAAAGCGAGCAAGGAAUUCGCAGUCUGGUUCGACGAACAAGCCACAAGCAAAGGCAACAAAGACAUCCUCGUAGGGUCAGGCGUCAAGACCGUCUUCACGGGCGCGAGCUUUGGGCUGGUGGGAUUUGACACGAUUGGAGAUAACUUCACAGAACUCGUGGCUGGCGGUGCGCCUGCCGUCCCUGGACCUUCGGGCGCAUCGGGCAUCACGGGAGCUGCGGAGCCGGUGACUGAGCAUACGUCGCAGUUAUUCAACAACGAGCACCCUGGUGUAGCGGCUGCGGAGCAUAUCCGUAACGAGGCGUACAAUGUGCUCUCACAGCCUCUGAGCGAUGCAGCAAAUGCCAUCGCGGCGGGUCAUCCUGUUACACCAGCGACUUCGUGGUAUGAUGUUGACCACUUUUACGAUAACGGGUUUUCGGCGCCUGCGUUGGGCGGUCAGAUUGUCUCGUUGGGUGCUGGAUCCGAGAUGCUGCAGGUGCCGAAUGUCGUCGGGGAGGCGGCUAUUGAUCAUAAGCUUAAGAAGGAUCAGGAGGAGAAGGCGAGGUUGAGUGGACAGAGGUUGUAUGAGGCGAAUAACUGA